GUCAAGAUGCGUGGGAUUUUUGCUAGUUGUGCACUCUCUGCACUGCUGCUGGCUGCAGCCUGGGCAGACCACCACCACCACCACCACCACCAACACGGCUCUGAUGUCUCUCACAGCCAUGAGGGACAAAUGAGCUGCCACAAGCUGUCCGCUCCCAAUGCUGACUUUGCCUUUACCCUGUACAAAAGCCUUAGUGCUAACUCUGCUGCCGGAAAGAACAUCUUCUUCUCGCCCCUGGGCAUCUCCACUGCCCUGUCCAUGCUGUCUACAGGUGCCGGUGGUGAAACCCACAGCCAACUGUUCUCCAGCUUGGGCUACGGCACCUUUAACCAGAAUCAGGUCAAUGAAGCGUACGAGCAUCUUUUCCACAUGAUGGGACACAGCCAGGAGCAACAGCGGCUGGAUGUUGGUAACGCCGUGGCCCUGCGCUCUGGCUUCAGUCCUCUGGAGAAGUUCCUGAAGGAUGUCAAGCAUUACUACUCUGCUGAGAUCUUCAACGUUGACUUUACCAAACCCGCUGAUGCUGCAGCUGAGAUCAAUAGAUUCAUUGCCAGCAAAACCCAGGACAAGAUCAACGAUAUGGUGAAGGACCUGGCCCCUGAGAUGGCCAUGGUGCUGAUUAACUUUGUCUACUUCAGAGGACAGUGGGAGAAACCCUUCGAUGGUAACCACACACAAAAGGCAGACUUCAAUGUGGACGAAAACACCAAGGUUCAGGUGGACAUGAUGGUGAGGACAGGUCGCUACGACUUCUAUCAGGACGUCGACAACCACACCACCGUCAUCAUGCUGCCCUACAAGAGCAACACCUCCAUGAUGAUCGUCCUCCCCGAUGAAGGCAAGAUGAAGGAGGUGGAGGGCUACAUCAACAAGGACUACAUCAAGCAUUGGCAUGACUCAUUCUUCAGGAGUUCUCUGGAUGUGUAUCUGCCAAAGUUCUCCAUCUCUGCUGAUGCUCCUCUGGACAGCGUCCUGAAAGAAAUGGGCAUAACCAACGCUUUUGCAGACAACGCUGAUUUCUCUGGCAUGUCUGACGAGGUCAAGCUCAAAGUCUCAAAGGUAUCCCACAAGGCCGUGCUGAGCGUGGAUGAAAGAGGAACAGAGGCAGUCUCCGCCACCACUACUGAGAUAAUGCCUAUGAGCAUGCCUGAAACCAUGAAACUCGACAGACCCUUCUUAGUCUUCAUCCUGGAGCACUCGACGAAGAGCAUCCUCUUCAUGGGCAAGAUCAGUGACCCCACAGCCAUUUAA